AUGAUGAGUGCCUUGAUUUCGACGUCUAAGGGGCAAAAUAUGGCUCCCGUGUACAAAGUUGCAGUGAUUCAAAUGCACUCGGAGACUCUUCAGGUGGAAGCGAACUUCAACAAGGCCACCAGUCUCAUUCGGGCUGUGGCCAAUCAGGGUGCUCAACUAGCAGUUCUCCCCGAGUAUCAUCUAACGGGAUGGGCGCCCGAGGAUCCGGAUUUCAAGCCUGCAUGCAGGUCCUGGAACAUCUAUCUAGAUAAGUACUGCAAGCUAGCAAAAAAAUGCAGCAUCAACAUCGUUCCCGGCACGCUCGUUGAACUUCACGACACGCGCAACGAAUCCGAGAAGCUGCUGAACGCGGCAUAUUUUAUCACCGACAAGGGAGACAUUGUAGGGAAAUAUGUCAAAAAGAAUCUCUGGGGCCCCGUGGAACGGGCUCACCUCACGGGCAGCGCGCGCGAGCCUCACCAAGUAUUUGACACGCCGCUAGGCAAGGUUGGGCUAUUGAUAUGCUGGGACCUGAGCUUUCCGGAGGCCUUCCGCGAGCUGAUAGCACAGGGUGCAAAGUUGAUCAUCAUGCCGUCAUUCUGGCUACUCAACGAAACUAGCGAGGAAGGCAGAGUCGUGAAUCCGAUCGCCGAGAAGCUGUUCAUCGACUCGCUCCUGACUGGUCGGUGCUUCGAGAAUACAUGUGGGAUUAUUUUUGCUAACGCUGGAGGUCCUCCCGCUCAGUCGUUUAUCGGUCUCUCACAGGUUUGUGUUCCAUUUGCUGGCCCGUUGGCACGGCUUGACUGGGCAGAGGGUAUACUGGUGGUCGAUCUGGAUAUGGGCAUUAUUGAAGAGGGGGAGAGUUCAUACAAGAUCCGGGCGGAUCUUGCGCGAGAAGAUUGGCAUUAUGAUUAUCGUCACACGCAUGCUAAGUGA